AUGUCUAAUAAUCGAAAUCCCCAGAGAACCACAUCAACCAGCCAUGAUCAUAAUAAUACAGAAGAUAAUAAUGAUAUAGAUUAUAAUAUCUCAUCAAAGCGUCGUGAUUUGAACGCAGCAUUAGGUCUUGAUUCCACAGGUGCUGAAGAUGAUUAUUAUGAAGAUAAUCAAAUAGAUUAUACAAAUGCCUUCUUGAAAGAAAGUAAACAUUCACAAGAGAUCUUAUCAAAACUACGGCCGGAUAUUUCAAAUUUUGAUAAAGUUCUUCUGGGUCCUACAGAUUGGAAUUAUGAUGAUGAAAAAAUGAACUCAUUAGCUAAAAAGCAGUUUGUCUUUGAUUUGUUACCAUCUUUUGAAAUGUUACAUUCAAUGCAAAAUACAACACCUAGAUGUUCUUUUGAAAAUCCAGAUGACCAUGAUUUCCCACCAGAUUACUUUAAUAAUAAUAUUCAUGGUAGAAUAGGUUCUAUUGCUGGUAGUGGCUCACCAAGUUAUGCUACUACGCCAAACUCAAUUCAAAACUCAUCCACAUCUUUAAGUUCAAUGACUUCUAGAGAUUCACAAAUAACAAUAGAUGAUUAUCAAGAUGACACAAUACCAGAUACAUCUGAAAAGAACUUACUGGAUAAAUCACACUUAUUACCAAAUUACGAUUCCUCGAACAUUGAUGUUGGUGUACAUGUUACUAGAGAUGUUCCAGAUCCAAUCAAACGAAAUGAGAAUGAAUCCAUGUUGAAGGAAUAUACUUCUGGUGAUGUGGUCCAUGGUUAUGUCACUGUCAAUAAUACAUCGACAAAACCACACGAGUUUCAGAUGUUUCAUGUUACAUUGGAUGGUUACAUCUUGGUUAUAGACCCCAAUACAAAGAGAUCAAGUCAUAAACGAUUUUUGAAUAUGGUCGAUAUAAGUGCUUCAUGGUCAUAUGGUACAUUAUCACCAGCAGCUAACUUCAAUUACCAAGCUUCUACAAAAGAUGAAGAAGGAUUUAUAUUAGGUUUACCAAACGAUCGAAUUCUACGACCAAAAAGCAAAUACAAGAAGUUUUUUGCAUUCAAGAUCCCAUAUAAGUUGUUGGAUAAUACUUGCCGUCAUGAUUUAGAGAUACAUACAUUAUUACCACCAAGUUUUGGAGUUGAUAGAGUGAAAAAGAAGGGAAGUUACGCAAAUAUCUCAAUCAAUCCAUUGUUACAUUAUGGACAUUCUGGUGUUAAAGGUUCACCAAUUUUGACAGAUGAUCUCUCUGGUGAUAAUUUAUCAAUAUCAUAUGCUAUAAAUGCUAAACUGAUUAGUUUCCAUCCAAGAAAAUUAAACAAAUUAUGUGUGCUGAAACAAAAUGAGUACAAUUUACGAUUCAUUCCUUAUGGGUUUGCUAUACCUUUAUUUUCAUCAAAAUCAGCAUUAAUUAACUUAACUUCACAAAUUGAACAUGGGUUUGAAGUUGCUCAACAUGUUAUUGAUAUGAAAAAAUUAGGUAAAGAUGUUCCACAGGAAGAUGAAGCUGAAUUUGUUAGGGUAUUAAAAGAUAGACAAUUACAAUCCGUCAAUCCAGAGUUAACCCCUUCAUCAAGCAAUAAUAAUACAUAUUCUAAUCCUUCUUUCAUCGAUAAGAUUCAUGAGACUAAAGAUUUUUCAAGAGUUGAAUGUACUUCAAAAUAUCUAGAUGAUGGUUUAGCAAAUACCAGAUCAAGUUUUUUGAAAGGUUUAAAACUUGGUGGUGGAUCACAGAAAUCGAAAUCUACAAAUACAAAUGGUCUAAUUACAAUUUCCUCCAAGAUUCCAAAAGGUGGUCUACCUUACAUAUCUCCAAGUUUGUUACGAAAAACUAAUGAAGUCUCAAAACUAAAUGAACUAGGGAUUAAGAACCAUGAUAAAUUAUCAUUAUCAUUACCAGACAAGGAAAAGAAAAAACUUUCAACCUUGAAAUUUGAGUUUACGUUUACACCUUCAGACUUUAGCUCAGAAUCAAUCACUCUACCAGAAUUAAAGAAUAUUAAGGCAUCUCUACUGGCGUUAAAUAUGUCAUCAACUUCACCUAUACCAGUUAAACUCUCAGGUGAUUUCUUUACUAAGAAGGAUUCAGAAAGAGUGAUUGCCAAGUUUCAAAAAUAUCAUGAUCAAUAUCAAUCAUUAUUAGAGAAAUUCAAAGAGUACGAACUAGAUCUCUCUCGUCAUAUUGAUAAGUUUACAUAUCAGGAUAUUGUUGCUUUGAAGAACUUACAUGUUGAUAGCACCACAGUGGAUGUAUUCGAUUAUUCAAUCAAAACUGAUAGUUCUUGGGAACAAACACCUAGUGAAUCAAACCAAACCCAAUGGAAAAAGAAAGUGGAAUUGAAUAUUGAUCUGAAAGAUAAUAUUUCUGAGACGUUGGUCCCAAAUUUUCAAACCUGUUUGUUAUCAAGAGUCUAUUCAAUUCAAUUGGUUUUCAAAUUUAAGAAUGGUCAUAGUACUGAACUUGUUGUUCCUAUUCGUCUUAGAUCUUUUGAUGAUCUAUAG